UAAGCCUCCUCCUGUAUUGCCUGCCUUCCUCUUUUUCUCCCCCACCCCCUUCCUUUUCGUAGCUGCUGACGCGCUGGUGGUGCCUAUUAAUCAUUCACCAGCUCAGAGCCGCGCCAGUUAAUGGCUGUGCGGCGCGGGGCUCCAGCCUCUCGGCCUCCCCUCUCCACGCUCACUUGUGCCCAGGCGCCCCGGAGCUGCAAGCGGCUUCGCGCAGGCAGCGGUUGGGCUAUGCGCCCCGCCGCGGCUACCCGCAGAAGCUGUGCGCUACUCCUGGGCGCUCGGCGACAGUGAGCUGUGGGCAGGCGGCCAGGGUGCAGAGUGAGGGCGCAAGCGGCGGGGGUGCGAAGAGAGCGCCCCAGCCCCGGCAGCCCCACCAGCCAAGAUGUUCGCCAAUGGCACCGCCUCCUCUCCCUCCUCUCCUAGCCCCAGCCCGGGCAGCUGUGGCGAAGGCGGCGGCAGCAGGGGCCCAGGGGCCAGCGCCGCGGACGGCAUGGAGGAGCCGGGGCGAAAUGCGUCCCAGAAUGGGACCUUGAGCGAGGGCCAGGGCAGCGCCAUCCUCAUCUCUUUCAUCUACUCCGUGGUGUGCCUAGUGGGGCUGUGUGGGAACUCCAUGGUCAUCUACGUGAUCUUGCGCUACGCCAAGAUGAAGACGGCCACCAACAUCUACAUCCUCAACCUGGCCAUUGCCGACGAGCUGCUCAUGCUUAGUGUGCCCUUCUUAGUCACCUCCACGUUGCUUCGCCACUGGCCCUUCGGGGCGCUGCUCUGCCGCCUCGUGCUCAGUGUGGACGCAGUCAACAUGUUCACCAGCAUCUACUGUCUGACUGUGCUUAGCGUCGACCGAUACGUGGCGGUGGUGCACCCCAUCAAGGCAGCACGCUACCGCCGGCCCACCGUGGCCAAGGUGGUGAAUCUGGGGGUGUGGGUGUUGUCCUUGCUCGUCAUUCUGCCCAUCGUGGUCUUCUCGCGCACUGCAGCCAACAGUGACGGCACGGUGGCCUGCAACAUGCUCAUGCCCGAGCCCGCCCAGCGCUGGCUGGUGGGCUUCGUGUUGUACACAUUUCUUAUGGGUUUUCUGCUGCCCGUCGGGGCCAUCUGCUUGUGCUACGUGCUCAUCAUCGCGAAAAUGCGCAUGGUAGCCCUCAAGGCCGGUUGGCAGCAGCGCAAGCGCUCAGAGCGCAAGAUCACCCUAAUGGUGAUGAUGGUGGUGAUGGUAUUUGUCAUCUGCUGGAUGCCUUUUUAUGUAGUGCAGCUGGUAAAUGUGUUUGCAGAGCAGGACGACGCCACGGUGAGCCAGCUGUCGGUCAUCCUCGGCUACGCCAACAGCUGCGCCAACCCCAUUCUCUAUGGCUUCCUUUCGGACAACUUCAAGCGCUCUUUCCAGCGCAUCCUGUGCCUCAGCUGGAUGGACAACGCCGCGGAAGAGCCGGUCGACUACUACGCCACCGCCCUCAAGAGCCGCGCCUAUAGCGUGGAGGACUUUCAACCCGAGAACCUGGAGUCCGGUGGCGUCUUCCGUAACGGCACCUGCACGUCCCGGCUCACGACUCUCUGAGCCGGGACCACUCAGGAGCCCCGCGCAAAGGGUUGGGGAAGAUAAGGAGAAAGGGAGUCUGAGUACGAGAGGUGAAAUUAUCGUGGGGGUCGGGGUGCAGUGGGGCAAAGUGGGGCUAGGAUACAGGGAGCUUCGCGUGGAGCCCCGGAGAAAGUGCGCGACAAAGGUGGAAUUGGGCAAGUUUUGCUUAUAAACUAGGAAGGUUUUCGGACCUCUUUCUCCUGUCUCUUACUUUCACUCCUCCCUCCACUGCGCUUGUACUUCUGCACCCCUCUGUGUUCCCCACUCUGUAAUUCGAUCUAUCCUUCCGCCCCUCCUGCUGGUGCAGAUACUGAACUCAUUAACGUUGCCAACUCGGCCUGACCCUCAGCUGCGCCGGCCGUUAUUUCUGUUUAUUUAAGCUGAGCCACGGUUAUCGCCACGAGUUUUCUUCGGGGCGAGUCCCCAGCUGGCCCUCAGCCCCGCCCCGCCGCGUCCCUCUGCUCGCCAGAUUCUGCCUGGUGCCUCUAGCGGAGUCUCGAGAACUACCGCUCUCCCUUUACAAAUCCCUACUUCAAGGGAAGUACGACUUUAGAAUGAACUGGGCAGCUGGUCUUUUCUCUUACUAUCAGAGGAGGAUGUGUCCUUCUCCGAGCCCCUCAACCACUCCCACUCCACCCAGAGCGGAGCCAGGUGCUUAGUAAAAUUGGUCCCGCGCUUCGAACCUUAGGCAUUCUGCAGUCCCCAUCCAAACCCCCCUUUGGAGCAAAAAGGAGCUGAGAACAAGGACCGAGAGGGUUCUUUGAAGAUUCUGGGGUUUGGGGGGUUGUAAUGGAAGCUGCCCUCCAGUCCGGCGCACAGCCGUCGUUUUUGGUUUCAAAGACCAUCACUCCCGGAAUGCUGGUCUGCUUUAGGCCACGCGGGACACGGCGCACUUUCCCAGGGGGCCUUCCCGGAGCGUGGCUGCAGCUAUACUGUUUCUCCCUCACCCAAGCUUCUGAAGGUGCAUAUCUAAGAGUAACAACAGACUCAGUUUCCUGCUCCGGUUUAUCUCGAAGACCAGGCACGGGACUGGGACUUCAGGUGGUGCCUUCAGAGCCUUGGCCAAUCCCGACUGCGUUGCUGUCACCUGCAGGCUAGAGAGAGGGCCUGUCGGACACUUGAGGGUUGCUGCAUUUCAAGCGGUGGUGCCUAAUAAGUUAUUUUCUUGGUUAACAUAUUUAUUUAUUUAUUUGUACUGUUUGAAAACGUGUCUCUGCUUUCCUUUCCUCUACUUGCCUAGCCCAAGGCUCCUCCGCCCACCACACUUGGGAUGCGGGGGUGCUCUCUCCCCAAGGCCCUCCCAAAAGCUCUUCUUAUUCCUGGAUUCUCUGUUCUUAUUCUUUCCUCUAGGCUUUCUAUUUUUGCUUGUCUUAUAAUUAUGAGUUAGCCCCCUCUACUGCAGAGUGGGAAGCCCUGAACUCCUAGCUUUCAACUUCACCCUAUAUAUGAUUUGAAUAUAUAAUACAUAUUCACAUGUUAUAUAUGUUUGUUUAUAUUGCUCCAUUGUCAUGAGUCCAUGAAACAUUUCCCAAAUAUAGCCACUAACAGUGACAGGUAUGAGGCUGGUCAAAAUGCUUUCAGAUAAGGGGGAUUCAAGCAGCACUCAAACCUGGAUCUGAAAAACUUGUUUCAGACAGACUUUACUCAGUGCUGAGGAUGUCCCUGCUUAUGUCUCUGCUUCCUCUAGUGUCCAGCAUAGGUGAUUCUAACAUAGAAUCUAGUUCAUAUCAUCAUUCUUUUGAAGACAUUGAAAGUAGAGUAACUUGCGUCUAUGUUUAAUCUUACCAACUACAUUGGAAACCUGAGCAGGGCAAAGGACCAAUAAUUUUACUUCUUCGUAUUUCCAGUAUUGCUCCAUUAUGCUGGCUUGUACAUAGUAGGCACUAACUACAUUUUCUGUUGGUUGAUUGCUUAAGUGAGCCAGAGUGUAUAACAAUGGGAGAUAGUCAAUCUGGGGCUCUCAGGUUCUCUCACAAUGGUUGAAAUCACUAUGGAAAAAGAUGUUUGUGUAUAUUUGCUUCAAGAACAUUGUGCUUUCCUGAAAGCAGUAACUAAGAGUUAAAAUGUUUCUAAUGUGUAGUUUAAACUAAUGAACCAAAAUAUGCUUUUGGUCAUAAAUCAGAAAGUUUAGUUUUGUCCCUUAAUAAUAAUAUGUUAUUACUCCUUUGGAAAAUAGCUUUUUAAUGGUUACAGUGAAAUUUACAAAUCACAAUCUUGAUUAUUAACCUCUUAAGAGGAUACAAAUCUAGUGCUCUUCACCUGUUACCAUUGUAAUAUUAACUAAAUAAACAAAUGUAUUAUGUUGUUGCAA